UCGGCGGCUAGUCUGAGCGAGUGGCAGCGAGGAGAUCCUGGCCGCUCCGCCAGCACUUGCCGCAGCUGCCGCCUCUCCCACCCGCGAUAGCAGCCCAUCAGCUGGGAAACGCCCCCCCCCGCCCCCCGCAGACUGGGCUGCGCAGCGUGGGAGGGUUAGCGGUCCCGGAGGACCGAUUCCGAACUUGCAAGGGGACCGCGGCUCUCCCGGGCCUGGAGAGUAUGAACAGGAUUGCUGAUUUACAAUGAUAUGGUGAAACCAAGGGCUGGAACCAAAAAGAUCUUCUCAGCUCUUUAGUUUGAACCACAGUGAAUUGCCUACCAGCAGCCGGCAUGGCUAAAAGUUCAGAGGUCAAACUGGCAAUAUUUGGGAGAGCAGGCGUGGGCAAGUCAGCUCUUGUAGUGAGAUUUCUGACCAAACGGUUCAUCUGGGAAUAUGACCCCACCCUCGAAUCAACCUACCGACACCAAGCAACCAUUGAUGAUGAAGUUGUCACCAUGGAGAUACUAGAUACUGCUGGCCAGGAAGACACCAUUCAGAGGGAAGGACACAUGCGAUGGGGGGAAGGCUUUGUGCUGGUCUAUGACGUUACUGACCGAGGAAGUUUUGAGGAAGUGCUGCCACUUAAGAACAUCCUGGAUGAGAUCAAAAAGCCCAAGAAUGUGACUCUCAUCUUGGUUGGAAACAAAGCUGACUUGGACCACUCCAGACAGGUUAGUACAGAAGAAGGGGAGAAGCUGGCCACAGAAUUGGCAUGUGCUUUUUAUGAGUGUUCUGCCUGUACCGGGGAAGGGAACAUCACCGAGAUAUUCUACGAGCUGUGUAGAGAGGUACGUCGCCGGAGGAUGGUCCAGGGCAAGACGAGGCGACGCAGCUCCACCACGCACGUCAAGCAAGCCAUUAACAAGAUGCUCACCAAAAUCAGCAGUUAGGCAGCUCUGUUCUUGUGAAGACCCUGCUCAGGUGGGCUGGGUAAAUGGAAACACUUUCUUGCCCUUUUUCCCUUUUUCUCCCCCCCCAAAUAAAAUACUCCAUUCCUUGUUCUGACUCUGGGAAACAUCUGGGCUUCCCACUGGUCCCAGCCUCCCAUAUGCUGGGAAGUUAUAGAGUGUUUUAAUGCAAUUUCAGUGCUGACAAUCUCUCUUUUGCCUGCUUGAAUAAAAUAUGCUCUUUUGCAGUUUGAACAUGUAAUCACCAGAUUCUGCAAUGGCUGUGUUCAUAUUAAGCUAUUUUUAGGCAUCUUCACCUUGCUUCGAUAGGUGGAAGUCUUUUCAGAGGCAUUUUUAAAUUCCAUUCCUUGUCAAAGUCUACAAAUGAUCACCCUAAAAGUCUAAGAUAAUAGAAAAUACAGUGAAAACACAGGAAGAGUACCUAAGAUGUUGGACCAGGGAAUAGAGCCUUAGUUUCUAUUUGAAGUGAGGAUUUUUCUGAAUUAUCUUAAAUCAUCUAGUUUUUCUUUAACCCUUGUUUUGUUCUUAAAUUCAAACAUGCUCUCACAAAGUUUUCCAUUGUCAUAGAGAGUUUCAUUUCAAUUUGAGUUGGUUCUCUCCUUGAUCUAUUGAUCAUUGCACCCUAAUUCUUCUUCUGUGGCUCCAACAAGAUUUAAUUAUAACAAAGGCAGCAGGACCCCUCAAUUCAAAUCCUCCUGGACCAUUUCUCACCAAGCCCAGGGCGAUGUAAAGACGAAAGGAAUCUUUUCACCAAGCCCUGACUUUAUUGAAUGCUAAUAGAGGAUUUGGAAUUAGAGGUGUCUGGUUCAUUUCUCUCUCUGCUUAUCAUCUUAGAAGAAAGACAACAUUCAAAACAACAGGAAAAUUAAGAAUGAGGCUUAACUACCCUUCCGUUGGGGAGCCCAGGCUUUGUGGCAGGCACAGUAAGAAGAACCAGCCUCUGAUUCAUUAAGUUGGCUAUGUGGCUUCUAAUAUUUCAGAUAAAUUAAUUCACUUAGGAGAAUUCAGAAAAGAAUGAGUGAUUAGAGUUCCCUAUACCUGAAUAAAUGCGUAUAAAACAGAUUCUUAUAUUGAGAAAGUACAGUCUAUAAUUGAUAAAGCUUUAUGAUUCUUUUUUCCCUAUUAUGCCCCCAUAUAUCAAGAUUUGGGCACUUUAUUUUAGAAGAAAAUAUAUAUCUUUUACAUAUGUGUGUAUUUAUAAAUGCAUAGAUAUAUGUAUAAAAAUUUGUAAGAGUUGGAGGCUUUAAUUCACCAAUGCAUUUGGACAACUCAGUGUAACUGACUAUUUUACGUGAAUAUAAUAAAAAGCAUAACUUUCA